UCCAUUGAAACGGUUUGAAAGAGGUGUGUGUUUAAGUGUUCAGAGAUUUAUGGCCAAAGGAAGUGGACUCUCCAUUGAUUCAGAUCUAUUCUCAAUUCUCUCCCUCAAAAAAACCACCAUCUCUCCGCCAUGGAAGCCGCCGCCCCUUCUCCUCCUCCUCCUCCUCCUCCCACCGCUACCCUCCAGUUUCCGGUCAACCUCAACUCCACCCUCCACGAACCUCCUCCCUCUCCUCCCCCCUCUCCUCCUCCCUCUCCUCCUCCGCCACUGCCCUUCUUCCACUCCCACCGCGCCCUCUUCGACGAAAUGAACUUCUUCGCCGCCGAUGAUAAAUCCCGCGUUCUUAUCUCCGCCGCUGACUCCAAACUCCGUGCCUCCGACAACCUCAGUCCCACCAAGCUCGACUUUCAAGUAAAUGUAGGUCACCCACUGAAUUUUCUGACAGGGUUGAAUCUGUUGACCACCAAUUACAGUAGCGAUCAAUCCAUGGUGGACGAUGGAAUUUCAUCGAACCCACAAGACACAAAAACAAAAAACGAGAGAGCAGUUCUUCAAGCUGAAUUGGAGAGAGUGAACACAGAGAAUCAACGGUUAAAAGACACGUUAAAUCAAGUCACCAGCAAUUACCAAUCGCUGCAGAUGCAGUUCACAACGCUAAUCCAAACCCAGAAGGCAGCCGCUGCCGGCGAUUCAACUGACGAGAAGGCCGGCGACCAAGAAACGAUCCGACACGGCGGUGGGAAUAAUGGUAAUAAUCUGGUGCCGAGGCAGUUUAUGGAUCUUGGAUUGGCUACGAAUGUGGACAUCGAUGAGCCAUCGAUGUCGUCCUCGGAAGGGAGGAGUGAUCGGUCGCCGGGUACCACCGGAGAAGUGGCGUCGUCAAAACGACAUAGCCCAGAUCAAGGUUCGAAUUUGGGUUCAAACAAGGCUUCUAAAUUCAGUUCUUCAUCCUCGGGUAAAGACGUGGAUCAAACUGAAGCUACUAUGAGAAAAGCUCGAGUCUCCGUUCGAGCUAGAUCGGAAGCACCCAUGAUCACAGACGGAUGUCAAUGGCGAAAAUACGGACAAAAAAUGGCUAAGGGAAACCCUUGUCCUCGAGCUUACUAUCGAUGCACCAUGGCCGCCGGUUGCCCCGUUCGAAAACAAGUACAAAGAUGUGCUGAAGACAAGACAAUUUUGAUAACAACGUACGAAGGCAACCACAGCCAUCCAUUGCCGCCGGCCGCCAUGGCAAUGGCAUCAACAACAUCAUCAGCGGCCAGAAUGCUUCUAUCAGGAUCCAUGUCAAGUGCCGACGGUUUAAUGAACCCAAAUUUUCUAGCAAGAACCCUAUUGCCAUGUUCUUCAAGCAUGGCUACAAUCUCGGCCUCGGCCCCAUUUCCGACGGUCACAUUAGACCUAACACAAACCCCGAACCCUUUAUUCCAACGACCCACACCGGGUCACUUUCCAAUCCCGUUCGCAGCCGGUCCGACUCAAAGCUUCCCACAAAUUUUUGGACAUGCCCUAUACAAUCAAUCAAAAUUCUCCGGCCUCCAAAUGUCGAAGGAGAUAGAAGCGCCUACGCCUCCUCCACCGUCGCAAAAUCCAUUGGCCGACACGUUGAGCGCGGCUAGUGCAGCGAUCGCAUCCGACCCGAAUUUCAUUGCGGCGUUGGCUUCUGCGAUGACAUCGUUGAUCGGCGGAUCGCAUCAUCAAAAGGAGAAUGGGAAUGGGAAUAAUAAUGUUGAUAAUAAUACAACAAGCAACUCCCAACAGUAACAUCAAGAACAACAAUAUGAUUCGAAGGUUGCCAAUUUCAGACCCAUAUAAAGAACUCAUUUUUUUGGUGUAGUUAGAAAUUUAAACUAUAGAUUUGUUCUUGAGGAUUUAUUAUAUAUACAUAUUUUAUUAUUUUAAUAA